AAAAAAAAAAAAAAAAAAAAUACUGUCUAGGAUGUGCACAUCCGGAGCAAAACCCUAAGACCAAGACCCUCCCUCAGUUCUUUGACGCAAAACAAUGCAGAAAAUUUUCUUGAUGCGGGGUCUUAAUUCGCUCUGCGCUAAAUCGUCCUCCUUCAGUUCACACAACCCUCACUACAAAACCCCUUCAUUAGUCUCCUUUGCUUUUCAUAAUUUGUAUACAUCUAAAUCCGAAUCGUCUUAUGAAACCCCUAAUUCUCAUCAUCCAGAAAACGAAAUUCAAGAUGAAAAUCCCGUCGAUGUAGAGGAUGUCAGCAGUGCAGAUCUUAAAACACAGAUAGACAAGUUUUAUAAGGGAGAUGUUGAAGCAAUACCAGCCAUUUUUGAAUCUAUAUUGAAAAGAAAAUUAUCAGGGAAGCAUGAAGAGUCGGAUGAUGAGUUGAUGAAUGAAUUCAGACAUGAUCAAACAAAUGAAGUUAGCAAUGAAGAGAUAAAUUCAGAUUCAUAUUCAGACACUGAUUCAGAUUCUGAUGAAUAGUUAAUGGAUUGAUAUGUUAGUGGACAUAAAAUAUAUUUUAAAGAGUAUACUUUUUUAUGACAUGACAUGUAUCAGACAAAAGUUGGAAAAAGAUGAGAUGGUUUGGGUCUUUCAUAUGUGGAAAAGAGUUUUUGUUAAGAAAAUUUGUAGGUCAGUGUGAACAAUAUCCAACGUUUGGGGGUUCUCUUUGUAACCAUGCAAAAAAUUGGACACGAUUAGAAUAGAUUGCAAAUGCAAGUUUAUCAGUCGAUUUUUCUUAUGGAUAUUCUAGUUAUAUGUGAAAAUAUUAAUUCAACAAUAAGAAAUUGAUUUUUUAUAUAA